AUGCCCGAAGAAUGGAGGUGGAGUACGAUGGUUUCGCUUUACGAGAACAAGGGUGAUAUCCAAAAUUGCAAUAAUUAUAGAGGUAUCAAGCUGUUGAGUCACACUAUGAAGGUUUGUGAGAGGGUGGUGGAGGCCAGGGUGAGGAGGUGCGUGUCUAUUUCCGAGAAUCAGUUUGGAUUCAUGCCGGGGCGUUCGACUACGAAAGCGAUUCAUCUAGUAAGGAGAUUAGUGGAGCAGUACAGGGAGAGGAAGAAGGAUUUGCAUAUGGUGUUUAUUGACCUUGAGAAAGCAUACGAUAAAGUUCUGAGGGAGGUCCUGUGGAGGUGUUUGGAGGUUAGCGAUGUUCCGAUAGUGUACAUUAGUGUGAUUAAAGAUAUGUAUGAUGAUGCUAAGACUCAGGUAAGGACUAGGGGUGGUAACUCGGAGCAUUUUCUUGUGAUGAUGGGGUUGCACCAGGGAUCGGCUCUUAGCCCAUUUUUAUUUGUUUUGGUGAUGGAUGUAUUGUCGCGUCACAUCCAAGGGGAGGUGCCUUGUGACGAGACACAUGAUGCAGACGUAGAGGUUAAGCUUGAUGCUCAAGUUAUCCCCAAGAGAGCGAGUUUUAAGUAUCUUGGGUCUAUUAUCCAGGGUAACAGGCAGAUUGAUGAAGAUGUCACGCAUCGUAUUGGAGCGGGAUGGAUGAAGUGGAGGCUCGCUUCCGAUGUUUUGUAUGAUAGGAAUGUGCCGCUAAGACUUAAGGGUAAGUUUUAUCGAGUGGUGGUUCGACCAGCUAUGCUGUAUGGGGCUGAGUGUUGGCCAGUCAAGAACUCCCACGUGCAGAAGAUGAGAGUAGCAGAGAUGAGGAUGUUGAGAUGGAUGUGUGGGUGUACCAGGAGAGAUAAGAUUAGGAAUGAAGCUAUCCGGGACAGAGUGGGAGUAGCCUCAGUGGAGGACAAGAUGAGAGAGUCGAGGCUGAGAUGGUUCGGACAUGUUAAGAGAAGAAGCAUGGAUGCGCCUGUUAAGAAGUGUGAGAGGUUGGCCAUGGAGAAUUUGAGAAGAGGUCGAGGU